GAUUCAGCAUCUGGUUUGUGCUAAAAAGACAAUUAGUAUAGAAGCUGAGCACAGGCGGUGAGUGUGACAGUGACAUCUCAGUGCAGUGACAUCCCCCAGUGUGAGUGACACCAGCGCUGAACUUACAGCAGAGAUGAGCUGGAGUAGGUUUUGGGGGUCAUUCUCAUCAUACUCAGCACAAAAUGCAGGAGCCAGAGCCCCAGGACAGUAUUCACCAAGCAGAGACCCAGGACAGUAUUCACCAAGCAGAGCCCCAGGACAGUAUUCACCAAGCAGAACCCCAGGAGAGUAUUCACCAUGCAGAGCCCCAGGAGAGUAUUCACCAAGCAGAGCCCCAGGAGAGUAUUCACCAAGCAGAGCCCCAGGACAGUAUUCACCAAGCAGAGCCCCAGGAGAGUAUUCACCAAGCAGAGCCCCAGGACAGUAUUCACCAAGCAGAGCCCCAGGAGAGUAUUCACCAAGCAGAGUCCCAGGGCAACGCGUGGGAAUAACAUCCAGGUGCUCAGAAGACAAACUUAAAUGGCUGAUAGACCUGCUGAAAUCUGCAUGUUUCUCUGGACUGGUGUCAGAAGUGAGAUAUCUUUAUAUCAGCAACAGGAACUCAAAUGAGUGGAGGAAAGAAAUUACUAAUUGCUCUCUAGUGAUUCUGUAUCACAGCAAACAUCACGGCCGGAUAAAUAUCACAGACAUAGACGGAGCGCUGUAUGAUGAGCAACUUCUCUAUUUGUACAAGACUUUAGGUUUGAACAAGGUUAUGGUUGUGUUGGACGAUGUUGAUCAGACAGGAGAAGAUGAUAGCCAGAAAAUACUGAUGAAUCAGCCCAGUAUCAGACUCUAUUCCUGUAUGCUGAUUCUCAUUCCUCAUAAACAGAAGGAGAAAGCGUUACUGGAGAGGUGUGGCAUUAAUGUUCCUGUUGAGAUCAGAGGUGUAAUUAAAAAAUCUGUGAAUGCAAAAUCAGAAGAAUUCUCAGGUCCUCCCAAAUCAAAACAUCAGAACACAAACCGUACUGAGCAGACUGCAUGCAAUGCCCCUUAUGUUUAUGACUCAGAACCUUCGGCCGAAGAGGAAGAAGCAGCUGAAGAAAGAUGUCAUAUGCCACUAACAUCUCAUGUGCCAAUGACAUCUCAUGUGCCAAUUACAUCUGAUAUGCCAAUGACAUCUCAUGUGCCAAUGACAUCUCAUGUGCCAAUUACAUCUGAUAUGCCACUAACAUCUCAUGUGCCAAUGACAUCUCAUGUGCCAAUUACAUCUGAUAUGCCAAUGACAUCUCAUGUCCCAAUGACAUCUCAUGUGCCGCUAACAUCUCACAUGCCAAUGACAUCUCAUGUGCCGCUAACAUCUCACGUGCCAAUGACUUCUCCUGUGCCAAUAACAUCUCAUAUGCCAAUGACAUCUCAUGUGCAGCUAACAUCUCAUGUGCCAAUGACAUCUCUUGUGCCAAUGACAUCUCAUGUGCCAAUGACAUCUCAUGUGCCAAUGAUAUCUCAUGUGCCGCUAACAUCUCAUGUGCCAAAGAGAUCUCAUGUGCCGCUAGCAUCUCAUGUGCCAAUGGCUUCUCAUGUUCCACUAACAUCUCAUGUGUCAUUGACAUCUCAUGUGCCAAUGACAUCUCCUGUGCCAAUGACAUCUCAUGUGCCAAUGACAUCUGAUAUGCCAAUGACAUCUCAUGUGGCGCUUACAUCUCAUGUGCAAAUGACAUCUCAUGUGCCACUAACAUCUCAUGUGCCACUAACAUCUCAUGUGCAAAUGGUAUCUCAUGUGCCGCUAACACCUCAUGUGCCACUAACAUCUGAUGUGCCAAUGACACCUCAUAGUGUGUGUUCUUCAUCUUUGAAAACUCAGAAACCAUAAGCAGAUAUACUGUCAGUGGUUACUUAAUGAGCUUCAAGCAUCUAAGCUUUGCCGAUGAGGUCAAGGAAGUCACCUUUUUUGACAUGUCUAAUAUUAUCUAGCAUGAUCUACAAUCAUUAGAGUGCAGCUUUGCCAUUUUGUACCAUGCACACAAAUAUGGACACGAUAACAUAAUUGGUUUGGACAAAUCAAUCUAUGAAAUAUUGCAGAAUAAUAUAUAUAAAGUUUGUAAACUUA